CAUUACAUAUAACUCUUAGAGGUUUGCCCCAGACAGGCCAUUGUCUUUACUGGAAGCAGUAAGCACCUCAGCAGCACCCCACAGCCCAGAGUCAUGCCUGCCAAGAAGUCAGAGCCCAAGGCAGAAGCCAAGCCAGCAGCGGCCCCAGCAUCACCAGCUCCAGAGGCAGGCCCUGCACCUCCUGAAGCCCCAGCAAAAGAACCAGCUCCUGCCACGGCUACUUCUCCUGCCCCUCCGGCUACUUCUCCUGCCCCUCCAGCCGCAUCUCCUGCCCCUCCGGCCGCAUCUCCUGCCCCUCCGGCUGCUUCUCCUGCCCCUCCAGCCGCAUCUCCUGCCCCUCCGGCUACUUCUCCUGCCCCUCCGGCUGUUUCUCCUGCCCCUCCAGCCGCAUCUCCUGCCCCUCCGGCUACUUCUCCUGCCCCUCCGGCUGCUUCUCCUGCACCCCCAGCUGCUUCUCCUGCCCCACCAGCUGCUGCUCCUGCCCCAGUAGCUCCUGCCCCGGCUCCAGCUCCUGCCCCUGCCUCGGCUGCUCCUGCCCCAGAGCCACCAAAAGCCCCGAAGACCGCCGCUCCACCUGUAGACUUCAGUGCAGAUCAGAUUGAAGAGUUCAAAGAGGCCUUCCAGCUUUUUGACCGGACCCCAAAGGGAGAGCUGAAGAUCUCGUUUGCCCAGUGUGGAGACGUGAUGCGGGCUUUGGGUCAGAACCCAACAAAUGCUGAGGUCCUACGAGUGCUGGGGAAGCCCCAGUUGGAGGAAAUGAACACCAAGCUGAUUGACUUUGAGACCUUCUUACCUAUGUUUCAACAAGUCACAAAAUCCAAGGACACGGGCACAUUUGAGGACUUUGUUGAGGGACUUCGUGUUUUUGACAAAGAGGGAAAUGGAACUGUUAUGGGAGCUGAGCUUCGCCAUGUUCUGGCCACUCUUGGUGAGAGGAUGACAGAGGGAGAAGUUGACCAAGUGCUGGCUGGGCAGGAGGACCCCAAUGGCUCUAUCAAUUAUGAGGCCUUUGUCAAGCAUAUUAUGGCUGGCUGAACAAACCCACUGGAGGGACAUGGAUCGCUCUUCUUUUGGAGUCCAGUGGAUAUAUGACAGUGUGACUACGAGGUUUACAUGAAGUGAAACAAACACCCAGUGGAGAGAAACUAACAUCUGUUUGUUCAUAAAUAUUCCCAUUGUUAUUAUUUGUGGGUCUGUAGGCUGUACUCAGUGCAGAUUGAUGUUACUUUUACCCAGCAAAUAGAUAUAAUAAAGAGUUUGUUUUUA